AUGCUGCGUUUCUCGGACGAGUAUACGUUCCCGCCGUUAUCCCCGUUGAAUACGAGUGCUAGGGAGAAGGAUUCUCGACAGGGUUUCAAGCAGGGGGUAGUACAGACAUUGGUGGAGAUGAUCAGUCAACAGAGCGGAAAGAGAUUUGUCACUCAUGAAGCAGCUAUCAUCUCUGAAUCUAAGAGGGUUUACAGUCUUGGGCAGUGCACGCCGGAUAUUUCUGAGUCGGAUUGUCAGACGUGCCUAAAAACUGCGGUGCAACUACUGUUUACAUGUUGCCAGUCAGCAUUGGGUGCUAGAGUGCUCUCCCCAAGCUGUAUUGUUAGGUAUGAAUUGUACAAGUUCUACAAUUCUGAAGGCAACAGCAGAAAUUCAUUUUCCAAAGUGAUUAUUGGCAUUGUAGUUCCGAUCAUUAUUGGAAUAAUUGUACUCCCCAUUGCAAUCUUCUAUUUCGUGAGAAUUAGAAAUGUGAAGAAACAAAAUAUCACAACAAAGACUACAACAGAUCCGACAAGAGUUUCAGCUGAUGAGGAGUCCUCACAGUAUGAUUUUGCUAUUAUUCAAGCUAUUACAAAUGAUUUCUCCCUAAAAAGUAAAAUUGGUGAAGGUGGAUAUGGCUCUGUAUAUAAGGGAAUGUUUCCCAACAAACAAGAAGUAGCUAUAAAACGCCUUUCAAGAAGCUCAAUACAAGGAGCUCAAGAAUUCAAGAAUGAAGUCGAAGUAGUUGCAAAGCUUCAACACAAAAAUUUAGUUAGGCUACUUGGAUUUGGCUCACAAGAAGAAGAAAAGAUACUCAUCUAUGAAUUUGUGGCCAACAAAAGUCUUGACUACUUUUUAUUUGAUCGUGAGAAACAAUACAAAUUGGAGUGGUCAAUGCGUUACAACAUAAUAAGAGGAAUAGCACGAGGACUACUUUACCUUCAUGAAGAUUCACGUCUAAAAAUCAUACAUCGAGAUCUCAAAACAAGCAAUAUAUUAUUAGACACAAAUAUGGACCCAAAAAUUGCUGAUUUUGGCUUGGCGAGAAUUUUUGGAAUUGAUCAGAUUCAAGAAAAUACAAACAGAAUUGCCGGGACAUAUGGUUAUAUGUCCCCCGAAUAUAUAAGGUGUGGAGAAUUUUCUGUGAAGUCUGAUAUUUUCAGCUUCGGUGUUAUACUCUUAGAGAUCAUUACUGGAAAAAAAAAUCACGAUAUUUGCAAAAGAAAUAGAGGAAUGGACCUUCUAAGCUAUGCUUGGGAACACUGGAGGGAUGGUUGUCAAAUCAAAAUACUUGAUCCAACUCUGGGAGAGUCUUAUACAGUAAAUGAAGUCAUCCCAUGCAUGCAUAUUGCUUUGUUAUGUGUUCAAGAAAAUGCAGAUGAAAGACCUACAAUGACAAAGGUGAUGUUAAUGCUCAAUAGUUAUUUUGCUAACAGUUGGCCAACACCUCGUGAACCUGCAUUUUACCGUAGUGAAAGUAAGAGGAUUCCGAAAGAGAUAGAGUUAGCACUAUCUACAACGGUAAAUGAAGUAUCAAUUUCUGAACUCUGUCCAAGAUAAGGGAGAUGUCCAUGACUUAUUGGGUUAUGUAUGUAUAAAAGAAAUGAAAUUUUCU